AAGUACCUCGCAGUUGUCACAAGCUCGCUAGAGAGCGAAGAUGGCGGUUGGCCCCGUUCCGCUGGACGAACUCUUUCUGCAGGCAGGGGUGAAUAAAGCGCUGGUUUGCGAUCCUGCUCGGUCUGUAGAGUCACAGCUGUCAUUCUUGUGUCACAACAACCAUUCGCGUAGGCACGAGCCCGCCGGUAACUACAUAUCUAUAGUGGGUAGCUGGAGCUAGUGUCCAGCAGGGACUUGGUGGAGACGCUGGCUGGAGCAGGUAUGCGGUAACUACUAAUGUUCUUGUCUUUAUCUCUGCGAGGACACACGGAAGAGCUAGUGCCGGAGCUGGCAGGACAGAAAGACAAGUGUGUGGUCCACAGCCUUGCCCCCGAUCACACACACAGAGCUGGCGUGUACUUGUUUGACAAGUUGCAGCGCGGGGUUCCGGGGUCCCAGGUGUUCUGCCGAGUCUUGCUACCCGUCGAGAAAUGUUACUUUGUGCUUCUGCGCACGCGCAAUAGUCGAUUCACAAAAGUUUGAUUCAUUUCUUGCGCGAUGUAAAAUUGAUAAUAUGGGAUGUUGAGUAUUUGAUCCUUCAAAAUACACUACCCAUGACAUGAAUUGCAUUACACUUUGUGAACAUUAUACGAUAUAGAGGGGGAAAAAAACAAUUCUAUCGCUUUAUUUGAUAUUCAUUCAGUCAUUCGCCUUUAUUUAACCAGACAGGUCAUUAAUAACACAUUCUUAUUUACAAUGACGGCCUGGCAAGAGACAAGGACCACUUGGGGGGAAAGGAAGUGGGCUAGGGAGUAAAAUAGUAAAAUUGUAGCUCUACAAAGGUAGAAAACAAUUUGGUAGCAUUUUUUUUGAUAGGGUAGCAAAAGUCGUCAUAACACCGGGGUCCCCCAUGCUCGGGUAUGGAGGCAUCCCCGGCCGGCACCGACUCCAGCACGGGCAAAGCGCUCCAUGCCACUGACAGCGGAACUUUCCUCCCUAACAAUCACACGGGAAGAGUGAGCUCACACCCAGCACAGACUUUGAAUGGCAGCCCGACUAUGAACUGUUCAGGAAGCGCCGGCUCCGCGGACGGCUCGGCUGUAACAGGUGUCUCCGGCGGCGGCGGCAGCAGCGCGGCGGUGUCCCCGGGGCUGGCCAAGGCGCUGCCCGCUCCCACGGUCAUCCAGAGCCCGGAGAGCGCUGCAGCGGUGCCCCCGCCGCAGAGCCAGCCCACGGUGGCUCUGACCAGGCCGCCGGCCGGCUCUGGGGCGACUCUGAACGGGAGCACCACAGCCAGUCCGCCCGGGCAGACGGGCGCAUGCGCACCAGCGCGGCUGGUGAACCACGGGCAGACGCGUCCACACAUCAUCAAGGCAGAGCCUCCCGCGACGAUCCUUCCCCCCAGGGCCCCCCCCAGUGGCCCCCCCGGGGCCCCCCAGCCCCCAGCCAUGCCGGCUGCAGGUGCCGGCGGGGUCCGAGCCCUCACAUCCCAGAUCCUGGCUCCCAGACUCCCCCACACCCCCCCAGGACAGCCCAGUGUGCACAACAUCCAGCUGCCCCCAGGGAUGGUGCUGGUGCGCAGCGAGAACGGCCAGCUGCUGAUGAUUCCCCAGCAGGCUCUGGCCCAGAUGCAGGUCCAGGCCCAGGGAGGCCUGGCAGCGCGGGCGUCCACGCCCACUAACCUGCCCCCAGGACAGGCUCCAGGAAACACAAUCAUCGGUAGACAGGCGUCUCCUGGCGCGAUGAUCCGGCCCGGCUGUCCGGCCCCGGGACCCCUGGCUGCAGCCCCGGCCCUGCACAGACCUCCGGUCCUGCAGAGCUCCGUUGGGGCCAUGGUGCCGGGAGUGACCCCCAGGACCCUCAGCCAGACGGCCGGGACCACCAUUACCUCAGUAACCGUGAGCAAAGAGACGAUGGAGAAUGUGAAGAAAUGUAAGAACUUCCUGUCUACGCUGAUCAAGCUGGCCUCCAGCGGGAAGCAGUCGUCGGAGACGGCAGCCGUCGUGAGGGAGCUGGUCAAAGACCUGCUGGAGGGAAAGCUGGAAGCUGAAGAAUUCACCAGCAGGUUGUACAAAGAGCUCAGCUCCUCGCCCCAACCGUACCUUGUGCCUUUCCUCAAGAGAAGCCUCCCAGCCUUACGACAGCUCACCCCAGACUCAGCAGCUUUCAUCCAGCAGAGCCAGCUUCCAGCGGCCGCCCCCGGCCCCGUGUCCUCCCCCGUCUCCUCCCCGUCUCCCACCCCCACCACCGUGGUUCUGAGCAGCCCGGCUCGGCUCAGCGCUGCCGUCAGCAGGCCCGGGCUCCAGCCUCAGCCCCAGCUCCAGCCCGCCGGGAACAAGCCGGCCCAGACAACUCCCAUGGUUCUCCAGGCUCAGCAGCAGCAGCGGGCGAUGUUGAGACCUCAGGUAACCUCAGCUCCCAUGAUGGCCCUGCGGCCUCAGGCCCCGGGUCCGGGCCCGGGUCGCAUCGUGCUGGGACCGCAGCAGCUCCUGCAGCCAGCUGUGCUUUAUGUUUCUGUGCUAGUUCCCUCGAGGCCACAGGGCUCUGCGUUUGCUGCCUUGACCCCGGCUCAAAGGAUCAAGCUCAAAGAGGCCGGAGGAACUUUCAAAGACGACGACGACAUCAACGACGUGGCGUCCAUGGCCGGAGUGAACCUGUCGGAGGAAAGCGCCAACAUCCUGGCCACCAACUCGGGACUGGUGGGGGCGGUCACGCAUUCCUGCAAGGACGAGCCGUUCCUGUCCUGCACGAUGCUGCACAGGAGGAUGCUGGAGAUCGGGAGGAGGUACGGCGUGACGGAGCUGGGGGCGGAGGUGGUGAACUACGUCUCUCACGCCACCGAGCAGCGACUGCAGAACCUGCUGGAGAAAGUCUCGCUAGUCUCCCAGCAGAAAAACAUCAAUCCCAAGGAGGACGACGACCACGAGCAGACCAGCGACGUACGCGCUCAGCUCAAGUUCUUUGAGCAGCUGGAAGUGUUGGAGAAACAGCGUAAGGAGGAGCAGGAGAGAGAGAUCCUGCUGAAGGCUGCAAAGUCUCGAGCUCGGCAGGAGGAUCCUGAGCAGCUGCGUCUGAAGCAGAAGGCGAAGGAGAUGCAACAGCAGGAGUUGGCUCUGAUGAGACAGAGGGAGGCCAACCUGACUGCUCUGGCAGCCAUCGGCCCCAGGAAGAAGAGGAAGAAUGUGGAUUCUCCAUCCUCCUCUGCUUCAGCUGAGGGCUCAGGGAGCGGCUCCUCUGUGGCCGGUGGGUCGGGUUCCUCCGGCUCCAGAACGGCCCGGCAGCGCAUCACACGCGUCAACCUCAGGGACCUGCUCUUCUGUCUGGAGGACGAGAGAUUCACCAGCCGCUCACACUUCCUGUACAAGGGCUUUCUGAAAUAGGCCUAACGUCAGAGGGGAGGGGGACGGGGGGACAGAACUACUGCUCCAUCACUAAACACACUCUGACAAGUGGAGAGAACAAGGACAAGGAGAAGUAGUUUUUUCUCAGAAGCACCUGAUAACCUCAGUUCUAACUGUAGCCACACUGGAAGACCCCCCCCCCCCUCGUCUCCACACACCCUCCUUAAAUAACGCCUGUUUCCUUCAGAAUGUGUGUGUGUGCGAGUGUGUGUUAACAAAAGAUUUAUUCUACAACUGUGUACUGUAAUAUGAUAGUUUUAUUUUCUGAACAUGUGUAUGCACAAUAGUACGGAAGAGUGUUAGGGCCAGGCAGGAGAAAAAUAUAAAUAUUUUAGAGGAGAAAGAUUUUUUUUUUUCAUUAUGCACUUCGAGAAAAAAGUCAAAAUGU